AUGACCAAACUUUCUUUCUUCUUUCAAUUUCUUACUUUUCUUUUUUUUUACUUUAUUCUUCAUUUUCUUCUUUUUUCUUAUUUUCUUCUUUUUUCUUACACUUUCCCAAAUUUUUACUCUUCUAGACUUUCUUCUUUUUGUUUCUUCUUCUUUCUCUUUCAUAUUUUUCUUCAUUCUAUUCUUUUCUCUCAGUUUCUUCUUUUCAUUCUACUUUCUUUCCUACUUUUUAAUUUUCUUUUACUCUUUUUUCUUACUCCUCAUACCUUUUCUUCUUUCUACUUUAUUUCUUUCAUUCUUAAUCUUUCCAUCUUUUUUUCUAUUCUUUUAUUCUUUAUGCUUCUUCUUCUUUUUACUCUUCUUUUCCUCUUUCUUUUUAAUCCCCAUUCUAUUUUUUGCUUUCCUCAUUUUACUUUUUCUUCUACUUUUUUGAUCCAUUCUUUUAAAUAUUUCUUCAUCAUUCUCCACUGUUUUCUUUCUUUUUACUCUUUCUUCUACAUUUUCAUUCUUUUCUUUUUACUUUCUUUUUCUUUAAUUUUCUUCUUUCUUCUUUUUACUAUUUCUUCUACUUUUUUGUUUUCCUCAUUCUCAUUAAUCAUUCUAAUCUUUUUUUUUACUUUUCUUUCUUUUUCCUCUUCUUUUUUCUUUCUCCUCAUUCUCAUUAAUCAUUCUGUUCUUCUUUCUUUUUACUUUUUCAUCUUUUUAUUUUUCUUUCUUUUUACCCUCUCCUCUUGUUACUUUUUCUUCUUAUUUUUCUUUCUUUUUACUCUUUCUUCUACUUUUUCUUUCUUAUCUUCCUCUUUCUACAUUCUUUUUUUUUCUUCUUUUUUUACCCUUGACUUUUCUCUUCUUUUUUUCUCCCCUUCCUCAUCUUUCUUUUCUUUUCACAUAACCUGA